AUGCCUUCGGCGGCGGAGGAGGGUCCCGCUGGCCGGCCGCGGCUGUGCGGCUACCUGGAGCGGCUGUCGGGCAAGGGCCCGCUGCGGGGCUUCCGGAGCCGCUGGUUCGUGUUCGAGCCGGGCCGCUGCGCGCUCUUCUACUUCAAGGGCCCCCACGAGCGCCUCCCCCUCGGCCGCCUCGACCUCGCCCGCGCCGCCUUCACGCUGCCCGCCCCGCCCCACCACGCCGCCUUCGAGGUCCACGCGCCCGGCGCCGCCGUCACCGUCCUCAAGGCUGCGACGCAGCAGGACAUGUCUUACUGGCUGCAGGAGCUGCAGCAGAGAAGGUGGGAAUACUGCAACGGCCUGGAUGCCACUCAGAGGGACGGCAGGACAUCCCCCACCCCCAGCAACUUCUCCAAGGGGCUUGUGGCCAAAGACAACGCAGAUCUGAGCCUCGUGCCUCCAGAUGCCUCGGCGGAGAAGGCCAGAACCGUCCUGGCGGUGGAGACAGCCCCCCCGCAGCUGGUGGGGGAGCAAGCGGCCUCCCAUCCCAUCCCGGGACAGCCGAAUGCCCUUAACUUUGCCUUGAAGCAGUGGGGGAACGAGAUCAGGAAUUCCGUGACUUCAUUAAGAACAGGCAAAGGAAAUGGUGAAAACCGGAGGAGUAUCUUUUACACGGAGGAGUGGGAGAUGCUGGACCCCAGCCCCAAGGAGUUGGAGGAGUCGACGGCUCAAGAGGAAAAGAAGAGGCCUUCGUCAGAACCCAGCAAAGGCGGGUCUGCUUCAGCCUUUCUGUUUGACUUGGGGCGCGUUCCGCACAAGACAAGACGUCCUUUAAAGGAAAUCAUUGCAAGCAGCAGAAAUCGAAACAGCGUCGACUCUUCCCCGGUGGAAUGCAACGGCGGCAAGCUGGCCUGGGAGGCGCAGCUGAAGUUCCAGAGCCAGCAGGAGGAGCUGGAGAGGCUCAAGAAGGAGCUGGCAAGCCAAAAGGAACUGGUGCGUCUUCUCCAGCAGACAGUCCGGUCGUCCCAGUACGACAAGUAUUUCGCUGGCCCCCUCUGCGAUGUGGGCCCCCGAGAGCAGCAGGAGCUGCUGCACCAGAAGGACCGCCAGAUCCUGGGCCUGAACGGCCAGCUGGAGAGGCUGACCCUGGAGAAGGACGGCCUGAAGGACCAAGUGGGGGAGCUGAGCGAGCAGCUGACCAUGCUGAUGGAGACCAUCCAGGCCAAGGACGAGGUCAUCGUCAAGCUCUCCCGAGAGCUGACCGAGCACCAGGAGCAGCAGGCCUCCGGCCAGCUCAGCCCGACCCAGCCGCCCGGGGCUUCCUCCGUGGACAAGGAGCUGCAGGAACUCGACAGGCUGAAAGACUGCCUUCAGGGUUACAAAACCCAGAACAAAUUCCUGAACAAGGAGAUCUUGGAACUCUCCGCAUUGCGAAGGAACGCCGAGAACCGUGAGCGAGACAUGGUCGUGAAGUACACCAACCUGGAAGCCAAACUCUGUCAAGUGGAAAGCAAGUACUUGAGUCUGCUUCAAGAAAUGAAGAGGCCCGUGUGCUCCGAGGAGCAGAGGCCCAGCCACGACGUGGUCUCUCAGCUCCUGGAAGACGCCUUGCGAGUGGACACCAACGACCAGCCGGAACACACCGUCUUUAAGCCUCACCUGGUCAGCGAAUACGAUAUUUACGGGUUUCGAACUGUCCCGGAGGACGAUGAGGAAGAGACGCUGAUCGCCAAGGUGCGGGCCUUGGACCUGAGGUCCCUCUCUCUGACGGAGAACCAGGAGAUGUCCCUGGGGGUGAAGUGGGAAAACUACCUGGCCAGCACGGUCAACAGGGAAAUGGUGCGCUGUGUGGAACUGAAGAACCUCUUCCGGUCCGGGAUCCCCCAUGCCCAUCGCUCCAAGAUGUGGAAGUGGUGCAUCAGCCUCCAUGUCAAGAAGUUCAGGGACAGCGCUGAGCCGGGCUAUUUCCAGAAUCUGCUCCAGAACGCCCUGAAGAAGCAGAACCCAGCCUCCAAGCAGAUCGAGCUAGACCUCCUGCGGACCCUGCCGAACAACAAGCACUAUGCCUCCCCCACCUCCGAAGGGAUCCAGAAGCUGCGGAACGUUCUGCUCGCCUACUCGUGGCGCAAUCCGGACAUCGGGUAUUGCCAGGGGCUCAACAGACUGGCAGCAAUUGCACUUCUCUACUUGGAGCAGGAGGAUGCUUUCUGGUGCCUUGUGACAAUCGUGGAAAUCUUCAUGGCUCGGGAUUAUUACACAAAAACCCUCCUUGGAUCGCAGGUUGACCAGCGAGUCUUCAAGGAUCUGAUGAGUGAGAAGCUGCCCCGGCUGCACGCUCACCUGGAGCAGUACCGGGUGGAUUCCUCGCUCAUCACCUUCAACUGGUUCCUGGUUGUGUUCGUGGACAGUGUGGUCAGCGACGUCCUCUUCAAGAUCUGGGACUCCUUUCUGUACGAGGGACCUAAGGUGAUCUUCCGUUUUGCCCUGGCCCUCUUCAAGUUCAAAGAGGAGGAGAUCUUAAAGCUGCAAGACUCAACCUCCAUCUUCAAGUACCUCAGAUACUUCACACGUACCAUCCUCGACUCCAGGAAACUCAUCAGCAUCGCUUUCGGGGACCUGAACCCCUUCCCGCUGCGCCAGAUCCGGAACCGGAGGGCCUUCCACCUGGAGAAAGUCCGCCUGGAGCUGAUGGAACUGGAAGCUCUUCGGGAGGACUUCUUGCGGGGGCGGGAAACCGAGCCCGAUAAAAGGGACCUCAUUAGUGACGACGAAGAAGACGGCUGAGGCUCGGCCUCCCCCGCUCCCCACUGAGACUCUCUACAGGAUCGUGACCAAAGCUUCAGGAGCAUUGAAACUUCCCGUCCGUCUGUCUCUCGCUCUCUGUCUGGUUUCCUGAAGCCAUGGCAGCUGGGGAUUUGCAGGACAGAUUUCCAAAGCUCAGCACUUGGAGGCCAAAGGGGUCCUAUUUGCCCCCCACUCAGAGGCCAAACGUUUCUGUCGGGCUGCCGAACUGGAGGCAGCCCCUCUUUUGGGCUUCCGGCUGAGCCGCCCCCCUCUUUUUUUGCCUUUGAAAUCCCUGUGGACGAAGCAGUAGUGAAAUGGCUGGAAGUGUGUGUGGGGGGGGGGGGGGGUAGCAUUUGCACAUGCCUGCCCCAUCCCCCACCCAAAACUCCACCACGGUCUGACUGGUCCCUGCUGCCUUUCUUCCUCCUUCCUUCAGCCAUGAUGAGGGGACCGAGUUGGAGAAGCUCCUAGUUCACCUUCGGCAUCCUUGUGCCAAAUAAAAAAGCAAACAAAGCCCCCAA